CGCCUGUCCUUGCCCCAUGUUGCUAGUGCGAAUAUAGUACGAAUGGGAAUCCCGCACCUGGCUAGGCACUUGCUGCCACACGCAGAAGUGGUAUGGCUCGGCGACGCUGAUGUCAACCCCAAAGAUGGUCGACAGAUCACUUCUGUGGUAAUCGAUGGACCUGCCUUAGUUUACCAUGUGUAUUACUCCUUGCUAUCAAGGAUGCCUCCGGGCUUGAAUGCCGUCGCGGCGCAGCCUACGAGCAAUGAAGUGAGCAUUGGAGUCAUGAGAUUCCUUUUUCAGCUCAUGGAACUGAAUGUUGCGAUAAAGAAAAUUUGUUUUGACGGUGGCCUUCCUCUGUCAAAGCGAGAUACGAGACUAGAGCGCCUUGAAAUGUCUAGGCGAAAACUUGAGACUUUCAAUGGGCUCUCAGACCGAGUGUUUAGGUCUCACCGCCUAAGACGACGCCCUCUGGACAUCACUGCGCACAUGGUCUUCAACAAAAGAGGUCCUCAAGCAGGACAGGGUGGUUUGCCGGAGAACCCAUUUAUGGUCCAAACGGUCAUAGAGGACUUGAAGACAAGAUGGAAUGGUGAUGCUGUUGCCCAGUAUCUGCCUCACGCACACGAUAUCUCGCGGGGAUCCGAAUAUAUAUGGGGAAACAUCACAGAGUUGGUCCCCGGAGAAGCUGACAAAUAUUGUGCCCAUGCAGCAAAGCAGUUCGGCGCGGCUGUGUUGACAGGAGAUUCGGACCUGCUUGUCCACGAUUUGGGCCAAAAUGGGACCGUCAUAUUCUUCAGUUCGAUCGAGUCUAAUGAAAAUGAUGUCGAAAGUGGACCAAUCCGGAUUCGUGCGACGGAGAUAUGCCCGAAAAAAAUAGCUAAGAACCUAGGGGUCAGUAGUGUCCAGAGAUUUGCGUUCGAGUUGAAGAGGGAUCCGUACUUGAGCCUGGGCAAAGUCGUCCAGCGGGCCAAAGAGAAUAUUGGCGGAGUAGAAAGCAAUGAUUCGUAUAUCUCGUUUGUUCAGGAAUAUGCGUCUUUGGAGCACCCGACGCGGCUAGAUCAAAACAUCCAGUUGCUUGAUCCGAGAGUUUCAGAGCUCUAUUUGCAAUAUAUGUGUCCGGAAUUCGGCGUUGAAAAUGAACAGCCGGUAAUAUAUCUCCCCAUAAUGGUUGAAAAUCAUUUCCGACGAUGUGCAUGGCGCGAAGGAAGCGAGAUACGGGCCAUUGCUUUUUCUAUAUUUAAUCUUCUUGCUCCACCAGAGAACAGGAAAAAUGUGGUUCUUGAGUACUCUCGACGUGGAACAAGAGUGGUUCCCACCUCUAUCCACCUAUUACAAGAACAUGAGUUGCGGGAUCAGGUGCCUGGGCUCUAUGACAGGUUAAAGGCUGUUCUUGAUAAUUGCGGCGACUCUCUACUGCCUUGGAGGGUUUUCGCAAUGCAAGAGGUCUUUUUGGGCAAGAAUGAAGACACCUGGCCCAGCCCAGGCCGUAUCAGCAAAUUUCUUGAAACGGGUCGAUGUGCAGAAACGAUGGACUGGGAAGAUAUUCACCUAAAUGCCCAAAUACAAUCUAUUUUAUACUCGCUAAGAAUGUUGCGACAAUCGUUGGAAGUCUCAGUUUUUCCUGGCGAACUCGGUUUACAGAGAGCAGUCAUGCUUCUUCAGCUGCUGCGAAGCCUACCGCCAAUGCGGGUCCUUUCACAUUCUAUGGGUGAUAUGUCGAUGAGCGAACCCAUCCCGAAUGACCUGAUCAAGAAUGCAGUGGCUGUAUUAUUCUCUAUCAGGGAGCAAAAUGAAGGCCAUUUUCCUGACGAGGACAUCAAUCCCAAAAAUGCCAGUGACGAUGACAUAGAUUGUGUCAAAAAAGCGAGAGAUCGGAACGAAGAGCAGCCACCAAAACGGCUAAAAAAGACCAAUAACCCAUAUGAGAUGCUUGAAGGUAUUGACUAA